AAGCUGGGGUUUGUGGUUCCUGUUUUGCCUGAGGACAAAGAGUGGGAGUGAGGAGGGGGCUGGUAAGAGCUCUAGCUUUUCAUUUCAAGGCCAUUAAUGCUUCCCCAAGGGAAAGAAGGGGCUGGUUUGGUGGCUUAAAUGCCCAUUCCCUCAUCUGCAGUCAUUCUUGCGAAACAAAACUUGGCUGAGCUUCUCAUUGUGGUUAUUUGUGUCUACCUCCCACCCUCCUGUGAGUUCCUUGAGGGCAGAGGCCAUGUAUGACAUGUUGCUGAAUUUCCAGGGCCCUGUAUGGGUAGUAGGACCCCAUUUUUCAGUGGUUGAGUGACCUGGGAAGAAGACCAAGGAAAUACAUUUCGAACGGCAGUCUGAGGGCCUGGCGGUGAGAAAGAGCUAGUAGAGCUGGGCACCAGCUAUUGGAAGCCCACAGCAGAGAUUUAGCAGGGGAAGGAUGUGAUGAAGGAAACGCAAAAUGCUGCUUUACCACCUAGAGGAAGUUUCUAAAGCAAUCUAGGGGCAACAAAUAGGAAUAACAAUGACCUGCAGCUGGCGGUCUUUGUUCCCGGCCAGAAACAGUCUUGUCUGCGACGAACAGCCAAGUGGCCAUAUUUGUUUUUGGUAAGCGAAGACUGCGAAAGGAACUGAAGCCGCUCGCAGCCAUGAUUAGUGCUGGCUCUACACGAUCACCGCCUUGGGCGCCGCUAACCUAACAUCAGGGCUCUUCUUGCUGAUCCCACCCACUCCAGUUUUGACCCAGCGGUUCCAGGGUUCUCUCGGCCUCCCUCGGUCCUACACCCCGAAGCUGGAAAGGCCUAAAGCGAAGACCGAGAGAAGACCCGGAAGUGGGCAGAACUGCCGAGCACGUGAUGGGGGACGCGCCGGUGCCGUCACGUGACCCACCAACCUGUUGUUCCUUGGUGCGGAAUGCUCAGCUACUCUUAAAGACCCUCAUCCGCCCCAUCGCAGCCAACUCUGAACUCUUGUUGACUUUGGACUCCUCGGGGGACCUGAACUUGAUACCAUGGGAGGCUGUGCUGGCUCACGGCGGCGCCUUUCGGAUUCUGAGGGGGAAGAGACCGCCCCAGAGUCUCGGCUCCCUCUGCCGGACAGUCAGGGCGCCCAUUGGAAGAACGCGAUGGGCUUCUGGCUCCUGGGCCUUUGCAACAACUUCUCUUACGUGGUGAUGCUCAGUGCUGCUCAUGACAUUCUUAGCCACCAGAGGGCAUCUGGGAACCAGAGCCAUGUGGACCCAGAACCAAUGCCUAUCCCCCACAAUAACUCAUCUCGAUUUGACUGCAACUCUGUCUCCACGGCUGCGGUGCUCCUGGCAGACAUCCUCCCCACACUUGUCAUCAAAUUGCUGGCUCCUCUUGGCCUUCAUCUACUGCCCUACAGUCCCCGGGUUCUCGUCAGCGGGGUUUGCGCAGCUGGAAGCUUCAUCCUCGUUGCCUUUUCUCAUUCAGUGGGGACCAGCCUGUGUGGUGUGGUCUUGGCUAGCAUCUCAUCAGGUCUGGGGGAGGUCACCUUCCUCUCACUCACCUCCUUCUACCCCAGGGCUGUGAUCUCCUGGUGGUCCUCAGGUACUGGGGGAGCGGGGCUGCUGGGGGCAUUGUCCUACCUGGGCCUCACCCAGGCUGGCCUCUCCCCCCAGCACACCUUGCUGUCCAUGCUGGGUAUCCCCGCUCUGCUACUGGCCAGCUAUUUCUUUUUGCUCACAUUUCCCGAGCCUCAGGACCCUGGAGGGGAAGAAGAGGCAGAGAGGGCAGCCCGGCAGCCUCUGAUAAGCAACGAGGCCCCAGAGUCAAAGCCAGACACCAGCUCAAACCUCUCCCUUCAGGAAAGAUGGACUGUGUUCAAGGGCCUGCUGUGCCACAUCAUCCCCUUGGUCUUGGUUUACUUUGCUGAGUAUUUCAUCAAUCAGGGACUUUUUGAGCUCCUCUUCUUCCGGAAUUCGUCCCUGAGUCACGCUCAGCAGUACCGCUGGUACCAGAUGCUGUACCAGGCCGGUGUCUUUGCCUCCCGUUCUUCUCUUCGCUGCUGUCACAUCCGCUUCACGUGGGCCCUGGCCCUGCUACAGUGCCUCAACCUGGCCUUGCUGCUGGCGGAUGUGUGGUUGAGCUUCCUGCCGAGCAUCUACCUCGUUUUCCUGAUCAUUCUGUUUGAAGGGCUCCUGGGGGGUGCUGCCUAUGUGAACACCUUCUACAACAUUGCCCAGGAGACCACUGAUGAGCACCGGGAAUUUGCCAUGGCCGCCGCCUGUAUCUCUGACACCUUGGGGAUCUCCCUAUCAGGGAUCCUGGCCCUGCCUCUGCACAACUUCCUCUGCCACCUCUCCUGACACUAUGCUUCUUAGGACACAGGACACAAUGACCAGGGGCCUGCACUGACAGGCAAGCAGGUCAGACCCGAAGCCCACAGCCCAGAGCCUGUCCAUGAGCUCUCCCCCUGGACUCCCCUGCACAGCUGGGCUGUUGAGAAGUGCUGAGAUCACGUUCCCCUUGGAGCGAGGGGAGCAGCUUUCUCCCACUCCAAGCUCAUCUCAAGAAGUUCCUUCUCGGCAUUAAGCCCUCGGAAUAAAGGCCCGUUUUAUCAAUUGA